AUGGAUAUGGCUCUCCACCCGGGCGGGGCGGGAGGACGGCGCCACGUACCGGCGCUCACGUGGAUCUUCUUCUUCCAGGGGUACACCACCGGGACGGGGGGCAGCGCCCCCGCCUGCCCUCUGCUGCUGGCGGACCAGGGGCCGGCGGGCCCGAAGGGCAAGGAGCCGGUGGUGUACCCCUGGAUGAAGAAGAUCCACGUGAGCGCCGUCAACCCCAGUUAUAACGGAGGCGAGCCCAAGCGCUCUCGAACCGCCUACACCCGGCAGCAGGUCUUGGAGCUGGAGAAAGAAUUCCACUUUAACCGCUACCUGACCCGGCGCCGCCGCAUCGAGAUCGCCCACACGCUCUGCUUGUCUGAGCGCCAGGUCAAGAUCUGGUUUCAAAACCGGAGAAUGAAGUGGAAGAAAGACCACAAACUUCCCAACACCAAGAUGCGAUCUUCCAACCCUACCUCGGCCCCUGCCGGCCCGCCUGGGAAAGCACAAACUCACAGCCCCCACCCCCAUCCCCACCCUCUCCCCAGUGCCUCCACACCCAUUCCCUCCUCCAUAUAACCAUCUGGGGACCAAAUCAGUUUCUGUCACUUACCUGCCCUUCUCCUUUCCUGCUCCUAUCCUUAUCCACUCCUUCCCAAGGAAACCAUAUCAGACACCAAAACAAAAUUCAACUUGC